UCAAAGUCCGGCAGCCCUAACCAAGGAAAUCGCUUGGCCACACUUUCGCCAAAAUUUCGUGAUCCUGGACCCGAUUGAGAACCAGCACAUCAUACCGCGCCCUCCUGUCGACGACGACGCAGCCACCGCCAAAAUGACCAAGGGUACCUCCAGCUUUGGCAAGCGCCACAACAAGACCCACGGUCUCUGCAGACGCUGCGGACGCCGGUCUCUCCACAACCAGAAGAAGGUCUGCGCCUCGUGCGGCUACCCUUCCGCUAAGAUCCGCAAGUACAACUGGUCCGAGAAGGCGAAGCGCAGAAAGGUCACUGGCACCGGCCGGAUGCGGUACCUCAGCACAGUUUCGAGACGGUUCAAGAACGGCUUCCGGACUGGUGUUCCCAAGGGCGCAGCUGGCCCCGCGGCUCCUGCUUCUUCAUAAUUUGCUGUCAUGGCGGGCGGGGGCGUGGACCAUGGGAUGGAUCGUUUUCGGCGAGCGGUGUAACGGGCUGGUCACUUUUCAGACGGACCUACUCGGUUCUUCACUGCUACAUGACAAAUGGGAUGAUUUCGUGCGGGACCUGGUAUCACGGUCUAGACACCGGGCAAAGGUCAUGAAAAAUGGCGUAAC